GAGGCUGAAUUCUGAACGAAGAAGUGGAGAAGAGGAAAUGCCGGAAUUUAUUUCGACAUAUGAGGAGGAGUUUUUUGAGAGAAUUAUCAUUGCCCGAAGAAACUUCUUAGAUACUUGGUAUUUUCUUGAAUAUAUCAUAGGAACUGACACCGAAGUGGGAUUUCUUUACAUCGAUUCACCACCAAAUAUUAUGACGUGGUUUAUUCGAACGUUGUCUGUGUCUCCCAUUCAUGUCUGUGUCUCCCAUUCGUUACAGAGCCUCAAAAAAUGGUGUUCUUGAAGAAAAUAUUUGUACAUCUAAAUCUUCCUUAUUCGGUGAUUAGAAAUCAACAGGUGGAAAUUCCAGUGACAGUUUUUAACUAUGGACCUAAGAAAAUCAGUGUUGUCGUGUAUAUGUACGGAGUGAAAGGCCUAUGUACCGGAGUGAAAGAAGGCAAAAAAAGCGAAAGGAAACGACUCAUCAUCGAAGCACGUUCGGCUGCAACCGCCACAUUUCCAAUCGUACCUCUGAAAAUAGGAACGUUUGAGAUAAAAGUGAUGGCAUUGACUACGGAUGAUGGCGAUACAAUAAUACGUGUAUUGAACGUUGUACCUGAGGGGGAGCCUGUUGAAGUUAUUAUACCCAUCACGCUGGAUCCAACCAAUGAAUUGGGCAGACUGAACACGAACAUCUCUACUUCAACAUAUUCAGGUUCAUCGAAAAUUGUAGAAAGAAAGAUUACAGAUCAAGAAGUUUUUUAUCCCCUGAUGAGCUCAGACAAGCCGAGCUUUCAUUGAUAAGUUUAGUCCAACAAAGUGAAUUUGCCAAAGAGAUGAAAGAUUUAAGAUGUUCAGGUGAAGUCUCAAGGCAAAGUCAGAUUCCAUUGAUCCUGAUACAAAAUCGCAAUACACCGUAAUUAAAUUAACCACUCCAGACGAAGCUUUGGCUGGAACUGAAAGUUUUACAAUAACUGCAAAAGGUGGCCCAUUUCCUUCUAUAGUUGAACCGGCC